GGAGCGACUUCUGUUCGCAGGCUGUUGGGUGUCCACGACGAUGAGCAGUGAAAACGAACCUCUAAUUUCGAGCGCUAAUGAGACAGCGCAGCGGGACUCUCGCAUACUUCGCAACCGUGCAAUCGUCUGGUCUGUGCUGGCCGUUUUGCUCAUCGUUGUUGCAGUUGUCGCACUGGUUGAUCCAAACUUUCUGAGCGAUAUUGGACUGUCGGGAAAACUGCCCCGGGAUCCUAAGCUUGCAGCGCAGCGUGUGCUCGACAUAGCUCCGGUCAUCGAUGGGCACAUUGAUCUUCCCAUGGUUGCUCGCUUUGGCUGGCGUAACAAUGUCACCGAUGUUCCUCUUGAUGGUCAAAUGCCCAUGCAUGUGGAUAUUCCACGUCUGAAGGAAGGGAAAGUCGGAGGAUUCUUUUGGUCUGUAUAUGUGAGUUGUGCAAGCCCUGAAGAUGAGGGACCAAAUUUCUUGAAGUCUACCUGGCGUGUCCGAGAUACCCUCGAGCAAAUUGACGUCGCAAAGGGCCUGAUAUCGAAGUAUCCUAAUGAUUUUGCAUACACUGUCAGCGCAAGUGACAUCAAGUCAGCAAUAAGAGACCGCAAAAUCGCAAGUAUUCUGGGUGUUGAGGGUGCCCAUCAACUUGGGAACUCUAUUGCCGUCCUCCGCCAGUACUACGAGCUUGGAGUUCGCUACGUAACUCUCACCCACACUUGUCACAACGCUUUUGCCGACUCCUGCGGUAUGUUGAUACCGAGUGUCCCACGGCACUACGGUCUCAGCCCUCUUGGCUUUAGGCUCGUAGAGGAGAUGAACAGACUUGGGAUGCUUGUUGAUCUAUCUCAUACUUCUGACAUGACUGCAACACAAGCGCUGUUGCAUUCUAAGGCACCAGUCAUCUGGUCCCAUUCGUCUGCCAGGGCCAUUCAUGACGUUGCUCGCAAUGUGCCUGACGAAGUGCUUAGUCUCGUCGGUUUCGGCGAAGGCCAAAGGGAUGCUGUUGUCAUGGUGAACUUCAAUGGCCCAUUUGUUGCUGCCGACGGCGAGGCUGAUAUCGAAGCUGUCGCUGAUCACAUUGAGCAUAUUGCAAAAGUUGCUGGAGUGAAACACGUCGGGAUCGGGAGCGACUAUGAUGGGAUUCAAGUUACUCCAAAAGGACUCGAGGACGUUUCAAAGUAUCCUGCUCUUAUCGCUGAGCUGUACAAACGCGGAUGGAGCAAGCAAGAACUAGCUGGGCUCACUGGGGGAAAUUUCCUGCGGGUGUUUGAGGGUGCAGAGAAAGUGGCCAAAGAAUUGCAGGCCGCAAGAACCUUGCCAAAAUACGACAUUUACGAUAAGAGAGAAGACCUGCCCAUUCACACGGAGCUUUGAUAUGUUCAGGGAAGUGCGGUACGUCUUAUUUGCGUAACUAUUCAAAUUCGUUUUAGUCGUGAAUGUAAUUUGCUAUGUUUAUCUCUGCCUUACUGAUGAAAGACCAUUUGAAGAGCUAUUUAUUCUUUGCUCACAUGUCCAAAAAUAUUUUCAUGCCUUCCGCA